AUGGCCGACACAGCACAAAGGAAUGCCAAUACAAGCGGAGGAACAUACAGCCGAGGGAGUAUCGCCUCGGCUAGCAAAGAUGAUCCACUCGUCGUUGGCGGCGAUAUUGAGGGCGAUCACUACAUCACCAGCGCCGACCGUCGCCAGCUCGGCUUCUGGUCGGCCGUCUUCCUCAUCUUCAACCGCAUGGUCGGCACCGGCAUCUUCGCCACCCCGUCCAGCAUCGUCGCGCUCUCCGGCUCCGUAGGCCUCUCGCUCCUCAUCUGGGUCGUCGGCAUCGUCAUCGCCUUCGCCGGCGCUUUCGUCUUCCUCGAGUUCGGCACUGGGAUGCCCCGGAACGGAGGCGAGAAGAACUACCUGGAGUAUGUGUUCACGCGGCCCCGAUUCCUGGUGACGGCCAUGUACGCCAGCAAUGUGAUGCUGCUGGGCUGGGCCGGUAGCAACUCGGUCGUGUUCGGAGAGUAUAUCCUGCACGCGGCCGGUGUGGAAGUGGACAGGUGGAAUCAGAGAGGCGUCGGAGUGGCGUGUGUGACUUCCGCCUUUCUCAUCCACGGGUGUGCAUUGAAAUGGGGCGUGCGGCUGCAGAACCUGCUGGGAUGCAUCAAGUUGGGUAUCCUGCUGCUGAUUGUCGUGGCGGGCUUCGUUGCACUCGCUGGCCAUCUGAAGAUCGAUGAGAAGCCGGACAACUUCACGAACGCCUUUGAGGGCACCACUGCCAGCGCGUAUGGCAUCGUCACGGCACUGUACAACGUCAUCUGGAGUCUGAGCGGCUACAGCAACGCAAACUACGCCCUCUCCGAAACCAAGAACCCAGUCAAGACGCUCAAACUCGCCCUCCCGACGGCCCUCGGCCUCGUCUCGGUCUUGUAUAUGUUCGUCAACAUCGCUUAUUUCGCCGCCGUGCCCAAGGCCGAAAUCGUGAGCUCCGGCCGCAUCUUGGCCGCUUCGUUCUUCCGGAACGUCAUGGGCGAGCAGGCGGAACGCGCCUUGUCCGUGUUCGUUGCGCUUUCGGCAUUUGGAAAUGUGCUGGCGCUCAUUUUUUGCCAGGGGAGGUUGGUGCAGGAAAUCGGUCGCGAGGGUAUCCUUCCAUUCUCAAAAUUCUUCGCCAGCAACAAGCCUUUCAACGCCCCCUUGGCCGGGCUGUUCGAGCACUGGUUGGUGUCUGUGAGCAUUAUGCUGGCUCCUCCUCCCGGAGACGCAUACAACUUCAUCCUCAAGUACGUGUCCUCCUGUCCCGCAGCUCCUGAACUCUCUACUGACCCUGAGUCCACCCGCAGCGUCAUCUCGUACCCUGUCUCCGUCAUCAACGUUUUCGUGUCCAUCGCUCUCAUCCGGCUGUAUCUCAAGCCCUAUUCCGAGGGCCGCAACCCGCCGCAGUGGGCCCCGCCCUUCCGGGCCACGCUCCCCAUCACUUUCUUCUUCCUGCUGUCGAACCUGUUCCUCGUCCUCGCCCCGUUCGUCCCACCCGACGCGGGCCAGAACGUGUACAAGAGUCUGCCGUACUGGCUGCACUGCGUCGUCGCCGUGGGCAUCUUCUUCGUCGGCGCCGUCUAUUGGCUCUUCUGGGCGAAGAUCCUUCCGCGACUGGGGAACUACGAGCUGGUCCGAGUGGAGAUGGUGGGGGAGGAUGGAUGGUCGCAAAACGUGUUUGUAAGGAAACCGAAGGCUCUGUAG